ACAAAAACAGAACAAAACAAAAACAACGAAUAAUUGAUGAAAAUAUUAUUAUUAUAACAAAAUAAUUAUUAAAACUUAAAAAAAAAUAAUUCGAGGAACAAAACAUCUGUGCCAAAAUAAAUGGAUAACAAACUUUUCCUUAUUUCUUUUCUAAUCAGUCAAACAAGUAGUAUCUUAGCUCGCUCUGUAAUAAAAACAUAUGAAAAAUCUAGUGAUGUAGCAAAAUGGACUGUAUUUAUUGGUAUAAAAAAUGACGAAUGUGCUGGCCUACAGGUCAAUUCAGACUGGAUACUCACACUCGGAGAAUGUGUUGACUCAAGAAAAUUAUCGAAGAUUAAAGUAACUUUUUCAAAUGGAAAACAAAGUAAAGUCAUUGCUGAGGAAAGGAGUCCCGAGGGCAAAGGUCUUUUGGUGCUCCUUAAGUUGGAUGCCACCGCAGGGGUCAUGGACAAGUUUACAGAGUUUGCAUCGAGCUUAGUACCGAACAACUAUCAAUAUCAAUUAUACAAUUUAAAUUCUAAAGACGUGAUUACCAGUAAUGACGUCACAUAUGUCAAUUCAAAAGAGUGCACAAAGGAUAAACGUUUAAAACAAACAUUUGAUCAGAAACAAUACACGUGCUUGAAUGCAGACGUUAAUAAAAAGAAUAAAUGCGUUCCGGGGUUACCUGUAUUUGGUACAAAAAAGAAAAGUACCCUUUUACAGGGCCUUUCAACAACGGGCGAACAGUUUUGCGAUUCUAAAGUUCAAGCAACGGUUCCAGUCAGCCUGCACAAAACUUGGAUAGAAAGUGUUAUAACCGAAACAAAAGAAUAUUGA